AUGCCCCAAAGAUGGGAUUGGGCUCGUCUAGUUGCUUUUGCGCCAAUGAUAAGACGGAAUAUAUGCGAGAGUCUGCUGGGUCGAGGUUCGCGGGGGAAGGAAGGGGAAAGGGUGGUAGGCGGGCGUCUGAAGAGAGAGGGCCUCGACCGGAGGACUGGCCAACGGAAACGUGAUUUAGGCGCCAGGGUCUCGUGUAGUAUGAUGUACGAUCAGGAUAAGAGUAUUCCGAAAGAAAAAAUGGGCCGAGUUGAGCAUGGAGUAAGGCUGUAG